AUAAACGUUUUCGAUUGUGUAUCACACAAGUUCCGAACAAUUUUGUAUUAUUAUCGCAAGGUCCUUGGAGGAUCCACUGUACUAAACGGUAUGAUGUACGUUCGUGGUAACAAGAAAGAUUACGACGAGUGGGAGAGCUUUGGUAAUCCGGGAUGGAACUACGAAAGCGUGUUGCCUUACUUCAAGAAGUCUGAAGACAUGAGGAUCGAUAAAUUAAAAGGAUCAUCCUACCAUCAAACCGGUGGACCCUUGACCGUGGAAGAUUUUAGAUACCGUAUGCCCGUAACUGAUUACGUGCUGAACGCGACCACGCAAAUGGGAUAUGAAAUUCUGGACGUGAACGGGGCCAAACAAACUGGAUUUAUGCGCACAUCCGGUACUUUAAGGGAUGGUCUGCGUUGCAGCACUGCGAAGGCUUUCAUUCGACCAGCUUCGAAGAGGAAGAAUCUGCAGGUUAGCUUGCUUUCGAUGGCGGAGAAGAUUCUGAUUCGCCAAGAAGGAAAUACAAGAAGAGCAUACGGUGUUCAAUUCCGCGUGAAUGGAAUGCUGAAGGAGGUGAAUGCUAAUCGCGAGGUAAUUCUAUCAGCCGGCUCAAUACAAUCGCCGCAAUUGUUGAUGCUGUCUGGUAUCGGACCCAGAGAUCAUCUCGAAGAAAUGGGUGUACCCUUGGUGCUCGAUUCACCAGGUGUGGGUCAAAAUCUUAUGGAUCACGUAUCGAUGGGUGGUUUGACAUACUUGGUGGACCCACCACAGGAAUACACGAGUUCCAGACCUUUCACAUUCGUUUUACCCCGUACUGUUACCCCGGAAACUACAUUAGAAUUUGCUAUGAAUCACACUGGACCUCUGUAUAGUGCGGCAUCGCCCGAGGGUACAGGAUUCGUCAAUAGCAGGUGAGUACUUUGGGGGUUA